AAGUUGGUGGGAGGACCACGUACACCAUUUUUCUGCUUGCCAUCACGGCCGUCACAGGAUCCACAGAUAAUUCUGGCAGUGCUUUGGCACCAUGUGUCUGUUGGGGUGGAGGAAGGGGAAUGUAUCAGAGCAAAGUCUUCUCAGUUCUUCUGGAACAACAAGAAGUCAGCAGCAGUGGGUGACAGCUUUGCACUGAUAUGCUCUAAUAAAUCAGAUGUAAUUAUGGUAACCUGGAAAAUAAGCCCCAAGACUGGAGGCCACUGCACCUUGGGAUACAGGGCUGAUCUGAACCAGACAAACAGAACAAACUGCACUGAGAACAUGAGCUGGAAAUCGAGACCAGAUCGCGACCCUACCCUUCAGAUACAGCCAGUGGGAAGGGCCAGUGAGGGAAAUUACAUCUGCGAGAUGGCCACCAGGGAGGGGAAUUUCCACCAGACCUACCACCUGACUGUGCUAGUCCCCCCUGAGCUGACCGUGUACUGUGACAGCCGUGGGAACCCUGUGUGCAAGGCAGUGGCAGGGAAGCCGGCUGCUCAGAUCUGGUGGGUCCCAGCGAGCAGCUCCAGGCCUGAGGAGGAAGACCAUGGUGACGAGACAGUGACCAUUCUCAGCACGUUCACGGGAAAUGGCACCGAUGUGAAUAGUGCAACCUGCUUUGUGUCCCACCCAGCUAUGAGCUACAACCAGUCCAUAGCCUGCCCCUCAAGUAAGCUUUCCUCUAUGCAUUCUGCAUUCAAAAUCCCAGCAAACGUCUGUGUGCUAAAACAAACAUCAGUAGCACUGGAUGGGUUACAGCAGGAACCAUGCAGCUGAGCUGAAGUUUCCACUGAGCAAUUUGUCAGGAGGAAGAAAAAUAGUGCUGUCAGAACUGAAAAGUGCUCUGUGAAAUUUUAGGUGAGGAUUUGGAUGUUGUAAUCUUCCUUUCCACAGAGAGGGUUAAAUGGAAAGACAGGAUCUGAUUCAGAGGCUCAUGACAUUGAAAGAUGUCAGUUGUGCAUCACCCACGUCUAUUUAUCUUAAUCUGAUAGUACCAUUACUUCUUGCUAAUUAUUGGGUCACACAUAGCUUGCAACAGGAAGACUGAAACCCAGCUGACUGCUUCCAAGAGGCUGGCUAUUAGGUCAAGGCAUUAGUACUUCACAGUGGCUGGGAAAUCGUGUGCAACCAUAUGUACUUUGCUGAAAUACUCAGCUAGAAGAGAGUCAGAGCUGAUAUAUGCUGGUAUGCACAUAUAAGGCCUGCAGCUGGACUGUAGGAAGUGGUAAAAAGGGCAAUCUAAUUAGUGCCUGGACAGCUAAAUACAAGGCUCCUCUGAAGGGGAUGGGGGGUUAUCAUUUAUUCUGAGAUCUCUGCCUGUCACUAUAUUCCAUCUACCUCACAUCAUCCUCCAAAGUACAGUGUAGAGAUAAUAUUGUCUCAAAGAUGUAACCCUGACAGAGAUACAAGAUGAAUGGUCUGUGAGUCAUGUACCUAAAAGAGCAACUGUUUCUCUUUAGACAGUUGGCCAUGGCUUUCUCACCCUGCCAUCAACCUUUCUGGUCUCCUGGGCCUCCUUCCACUUUGGGCUGUUCUUCACCACUGCAUAUUCCGUGAUGACAGGUUUGCAUAUGACACGAUAUGCACAAUCCCUUUGACUAGUCCUGGGGAAGUUUAGAAGGGCUUCUGGUGCUAUAUCACAUCAUACAUAGUCACCUCAGAGUCCGUCAAAAACAGGCUAGUUCAGCACAUGUUUACUGAGCCUUGUCACAGGUCUGUAACACCACAAUUGGGGGGAUGGUCCACACAUGACUGUUAGGGACCUCUUUCCUGCUCCCAUAUUUUUUUCAGAAGCAAAAUUACAAAGGGAAUGCUUAGUUUUUCUGUCUGGCAGAUGGAUCUGAACAAGGCUUGCCAGGCUGUUAACAUUAAGUAAAACAUGCAACAAAACAUAUUUUGGAGCUUUGAGCCAGACUUUUGGACCAUCUGGUCUUACUCAAAUGAAGCCAAGGAAGGCAUGGCCAACAUAGAAAUGCAGGAAGUAUCACAUGAGAGCAGAACAGGUCUACUUUCGUACCUGUUUAGGAUUUCUGGCAGCAAAGUCUACUCUGGCAUAGCUUGGCUGAUUUCUUCAUCUGAGAUAGCCUCUCUGUCAUAAGGUGCAAUUGCUGCCCAGAAUUACAGUACAAACACUGCAGCAGAGGCAGAAUGAACUACAGAGUCCAGGUCCCUUGAGCUUCACACUUCACUGGGCCUCUUGGCAGCUCUCUGUUCAGUACUGGCUGAAACAUGGUUGACUCUGACAUGCUCAUCUUUGAUUAUGGACCAAUAAAGCCUGAUGUUCCUGAGCUGCUCUACAAAAGAAAAAAAAAACUAAAAGAAGGUCUCAGGAGAGGAAUUCUGUUGUUAAAUUCCUAGUGACCAGAAUCACAUUCCCAAACGAACUUAGUCCUGAAACUCAUAGUAUUGAUGUCUUGUUUCCUAGGACAAUGAUGAAUCAGUAAAGCCAAGGCAUCUUCUAUCUGCAGGGCUGUCUGGGGCUAUUUCUAACUCAGCAUCUGAGCAGACAUGAAAGAAAGUCCCAGUAUGUCUCGGUCAACAAUGUGAGAUGCUGCAGGGACUCACCAAUGCCAAAGCAUUCAAGAAAAAGCAGCAAGCAUCCACAGUGCAACCAGUAUAGCUCUGCAGAAACAUGGCAUGCAAGGCAGAUCCUUCCUGGCCUUUGUCAGCACUGUCUUCCAACAGUAAAUGCUGUUACCACCCGUGCAUGUAUCAAUCUUUUCUUACAGAACCAUGCCUAAUAUAUAUGCAAUAGUAAAUUAAUUCAUGUGUAAAAUGAAGUCACUCCUCUUCAAAUGCAUCAUAUCUUAGUGUUUAAAUACGAUGUCUUAUGGGAUAAGGUAAAUCAGAAAGAUGUUCUUCCUGAAUACUAAUGAAUAGCAACCUUCCCAGGAUGAUCGUGCAGGACGGAAGCUAAAUUUGUGCGGCUCUCAUUUUUACCAUAAGGAUUUUAAAGAGGUCAUCAAUAGCUAUGAAAAGAGGAGUAAGAGAGCAAAUUUGACCCUGAGCAGUUACUGCUACUUGAUGCAUAGAAGCUAUUACAGUCCUGAGCCUCACUCUCUCAUUUACCUCUUUGCAUAAUCCAGAGAGCUGCAGCCCACAGAACACUGCUCUUUAAUAUUGAUUUCUUUAAACAGAUUACUGGUCCUAUUGCAAAACGGACCUCAAGUUUAGUCUUUUCAUGAUGAUGUACUGCCCCUUCUAAGCUGCUAAACAUAACUGUGCCUCUUCAUGGUUUCUGAACUUAUAUUUUGAGUAGGCCUGCCUAGAGCUGAAUACUACUACAUGCCUGAGAUUUCAGAGGAACCACAGGUAUUUCAGACCAACCUCACUCCUUCAUGCUCCCUAAAAAUCCAGGUCUCGUUGGUAUUACUGUACAAAAGUCUCUAUUCCCAACUAUAAUCUAUCUGGAGAUC